AUGCAUCGCACCUACUCUAUGCGCCAGUCGCGUGCGCCGACUGCCUCGCAAAUCGAAAACCCUCCCCCGCCAACGUCCAGCACCAAGACUAGUCGCUUGUUUGGACGAAGCAACUUUGGCCAUGCAUUCCGCAAGAACGCCGCGGGCGCCUUUGGCCCGGAUCUGUCGAAGAAGCUUACCCAGCUCGUCAAGAUGGAGAAGAACGUCAUGAGGAGUAUGGAAUUGGUCGGCCGGGAAAGGAUGGAGGUUGCUCAACAACUUUCUACCUGGGGCGAAGCCGGCGAUGACGAUGUUUCCGAUGUCACGGACAAGCUCGGUGUGCUGAUUUAUGAGAUCGGUGAACUGGAGGACCAGUUUGUCGACCGCUACGACCAAUACCGUCUUACUAUUAAGAGUAUUCGCAACAUUGAGGCGUCCGUGCAGCCAAGCAGAGACCGCAAACAAAAAAUUACGGACGAGAUCGCGAAACUCAAGUACAAAGACCCGAACUCCCCGCGCAUCGUCGUUCUCGAGCAGGAAUUGGUCCGCGCCGAAGCCGAGUCAUUGGUCGCCGAAGCCCAGUUGUCAAACAUUACCCGCGAGAAGUUGAAGGCGGCUUUUAGCUACCAGUUCGAUGCUCUCCGCGAGCACUGCGAAAAGGUUGCUAUCAUUGCUGGCUACGGCAAGCAUCUGCUAGAGCUGGUCGAUGACACCCCCGUUACUCCCGGCGAAACCCGCCAGGCAUACGAUGGCUACGAUGCUAGCAAGGCUAUUAUCCAGGACUGUGAGGAUGCCCUCACCAACUGGGUCACCUCUGGCGCAGCUGUUCGGUCCAACCUGUCCACACGGUCACGCACAUUGUCUCAGCGACGCCGCAACAACAUCAAGCGUGAUGAUGUCGAACACGAGCCGUCUCUCAAGGACCAAGAUACCUGGGUUCCAGCUGACCAGCAUGCCGGCUACCAUGAAGAUGACGUGAGUGAGGAUGGCAUUGUGGAAGAUGAUGGAAGCAUUGCGCACAGCGGCGGUGCCAACGGAGAAAUCCGUGGACGCGCUGAAGAACGCGAGCCUGUCGCAGCUUGA